AUGCCCUCCGCCCCUUACCGUUCAUUUGAACUAUUUGAGGAGAUGAUCGAGAAGGACCGCAUUGUGCCGGACCAUCUGACAUACAAUGUGAUCAUUGAUGGAUUUUGUAGGCUGGGGCAGCUGGAGAAGGCGCGUGUAAUCCUCGGAUUUAUGAGGAGGAACGAGUGUGAGCCAAAUGCUUUCAACUAUGCCACUCUGAUUAAUGGACACUGUAAGGGGGAAGUUGAGGUGGCGAGGUUGGUGUUUGAGGAGAUGAGGAGUUCUGGCGUGGAGCCAGAUGCUGUCAGCUACACGACACUGAUUGGUUGCCUUUGUAGACAUGGGAGCGUGGAUGAGGGCAUCAAUCUUUUUCUGGAGACGAAGGGGAAGGGGUGUAGGGCUGAUGUUGUCACAUACGAUCUUGUGGUCGAGGGCCUGUGUAAAGAUGGACGGACGGUGGAAGCAAUGGACUAAAUUGAGAGUGUGCCACUGGAAGGAGUUCAAUUGAACGUCGCAAGCUAUUGGAUUGUGAUGAAUUGCUUGCGCUCCCGUCGGGAGGUUGAUAAGGCAGUUGGCUUGCUGGGACUGAUGCUCAGACGAGGAUUUUUACCACACUAUGCAGCGUCAAACAACCUGUUGAUUGGUCUUUGUGAAGCCGGGCUAGCAGAUGCGACUGUCGCACUGUAUGGAUUGGCUGAUAUGGGUUUUAUGCCAGAGACCACUUGUUGGGAAAGGCUGAUUGAUACUGUGUCUCGGGAGAGAAAGCAAAGGAGAUCUAUUGAAUUGCUGGAUGUCUUGAUUGCUGAAGAGUGAGCAAGUGAACUCACAUCAGUGUGGAUUGUUUGACUGAUUUGACCACCUGGAGGUGAGGUGAGGA